UUCCUCUUACCAAAUUGCAGUCUGGUAACAGAAGUGGUAAGAACUCUACACUUAGUGGGAAAAUUUAUCAUUAAAUUCCUUGGAGAGAAAAAUAGGAGAAAAAAGUAAUUUAAGGAGAAUAGUUCUAGCCCAGAGAUCACAAAAUCGUUGCCCCAUGGAUCCUAGCAAAUCACCCAGCGCUCUUCAACAGGGAUGGUCUGAUGAGAAGUCCUCCAUGGUCCAGUCCCCAGCUCCUCCGCCUUACCAGGACUACUCAAGCCAUGGCCUCCAGCCUGGCCCGGGAUACCCAGCACAGCCGCAGGGUUAUGGAGUUCCACCACAGUAUGGAGGUGGAUAUGAGCCGCAGCCUUAUGGUAUGGGUCAGCCACAGCCAGGACAGCCGGGCAUCGUCACUGUGCAGCCCACGGUGUACGUGGCUCGAGGCCCUCUGGAACACCCUGUUGAAGACUACAUGUGCUACUCCAUCUUCACCAUGAUCUGCUGCUGCCUACCGCUUGGAAUUGCUGCCCUCAUCUACUCCAUCUCAGCCCGUGAAGCCAACCACACGGGGGACCAGAUGGCAGCAGAGCGAAACAGCCGGACCGCCAGGACUCUAAACCACGUGGCUCUGGGACUCGGGCUCGGGGGCUUGGUCCUGAUGAUUAUUUACGCCGUGGUCAUUGCUUCUCUUGUAUAAAUCAGUUUCAGCAUCUUUCCCAUAUUUUACUUCCCAUGCUAUUUUUACACCAAAUAAUCAGACAUUAGAAACAUUCACUGGCCACCAUGUUGAUUUUGAAUUUAAAGAAUUUAAACAUUAGGUCACCUUAUUGCCUCAUAAAAGCAUUGAGAAAAUAUUGAAAUUAUUUACUAUAAUGUUAAAGUAAUCAAGUCUGUUUAUUAUCAAAUGUUUUUGUUUUUUUAGAUUGCACACUGAAGAGGGAUCUAGUCCUAUUUUGCCAGUUAUUUUUUAAUUGCACCAAAGCCUUUUAGCUUAUUCCAGCCAAAGUGGAGCUCACAGCUUUUCAUGAAAUGAGGAAAUAGUGACGACAUAAUGUCAGACAGCCAUUAGCCCAGUGGUUCCCAAACGUUUUCUGUAGGGUCCCCCUUUUCAUCCACAGAAAUAAUGUCAAAUUCCUUUUACUAUAGUGUGAGGCACUUUAAACCAGGAAAUUGCAAACUUCUUCAUGUGAGUUGAGCAUUUAAUGGGACAGAUGCUGCUUUAGUAAGACAACUUUGCUAUUUACGACAGUUAAGUAAUCUAUCUUUGAAAGUAAUCAACAGGCGUUUCUUUGUGUUCAGGAUCAGAAGUUCCCAAGUGCCAUUAUAACUUGAUUGGCUUUACACUGUCAGAUGCUAAUAUUUUGAGACAUACAUCACUCUGUGCCCACCAUUGACUGAAAUGUCUUUUCUUAAUUCAUCAUCAUUUGCUCACUGGUAGUUUGUCCAUAUUUUGCUAGCAGUGUAAAAUCUUUUGGGAACCACUGUAUGGAAAUCUGUAUUGUGUUAUGCACCAUUUUUUACUGUUUUUCAUCUGUUACUUUUCUUUUUUUCUAAUGCAAAGCUUUUUCUGUAUACAGAAUUACUUUAUAAAUAAAGUCCAUAUAGAUAAAAAAUUA